CAUGUCUCUAUCUGGCAUUCCUAUGGUUGGGAAGUUUGGAAGUCAAAACACAGGCACACUCUUGCCAUCCAUAUACACUCCUUCCAAAAGCUGUUUUGACCUCCAUUUGCCUGGAGUCCAACAGCCACCGCUCAUUGCUAGUGGUGCAAGCCGCAAUUACGUCCACGCGCUUUAAGGCGCCGUACAGUGUGUUUAGAGCUCUACGCUGCCAGUGAAGCGCCCGCCAAUCAGCGUGCUCGCUGCGGUUGCCUUGGAGAGCGGGACGCUGGGCCCGGUCAUGGCGGAGGAUUGGAAUCUAGAUACCGGGGAGGCCGUGUACCGGUCCCGGGACCCAGUGAACAACCUGCGGAUCCAGUGAGUUGUGCGCAGUCUGCGUGUUCGGAGUGAUUAGAGUAAUGCAAAUAUCUGCUGUCUGUCUAACUGUCUGACUGUGACUGUCCGCAGGGUGGCGCUACAGCGAGUUACCCCCGUCAGUGCCCUGCUACACGGGGAGCACCAGGGAGAGGGAGACCGAGGAGACCUGGAACUCAGGAGCCUCCAUGCCAACUCUGCCAACAGUGAGUAACAGGCCCACCACGGGGAGAGGGGAGGGGGGGCUCCAUUAAUAAUAAUAAUAAUAUAUAGUCAUUAUAUACGUGGCUCCAUUAAUAAUAAUAAUAAUAAUAAUAAUAAUAUAUAGUCAUUAUAUACCUGGCUCCAUUAUUAUUAUUAAUAUAUAGUCAUUAUACCUGGCUCCAUUAUUAUUAAUAAUAUAUAGUCAUUAUAUACCUGGCUCCAUUAUUAUUAUUAAUAAUAAUAUAGUCAUUAUACCUGGCUCCAUUAUUAUUAAUAAUAUAUAGUCAUUAUAUACCUGGCUCCAUUAUUAUUAAUAAUAUAUAGUCAUUAUAUACCUGGCUCCAUUAUUAUUAUUAAUAAUAAUAUAGUCAUUAUACCUGGCUCCAUUAUUAUUAAUAAUAUAUAGUCAUUAUAUACCUGGCUCCAUUAAUAAUAAUAAUAUAUAGUCAUUAUAUACGUGGCUCCAUUAAUAAUAAUAAUAAUAAUAAUAAUAAUAAUAAAAAAUAGUCAUUAUAUACCUGGCUCCAUUAUUAUUAUUAAUAUAUAGUCAUUAUACCUGGCUCCAUUAUUAUUAAUAAUAUAUAGUCAUUAUAUACCUGGCUCCAUUAUUAUUAUUAAUAUAUAGUCAUUAUACCUGGCUCCAUUAUUAUUAAUAAUAUAUAGUCAUUAUAUACCUGGCUCCAUUAUUAUUAAUACUAUAAUAUAGUCAUUAUACUCUCAUGAUAUCUGUAGGGAUAAUGGGGUUUGGGUUGAGCCAAAUUGCCAUUAACCUUUUUGACACCGCUGUAUUGUCACAAGCUCUGUUAUAGUAUUAAUGUAAUAGUUUUUGGGGUUUUUUUUGGUUUUUUUAAACUACCUGACUUGGGCAAAAAAUAACAAAAAAUGGGGAUAUACAGUAGUUACAAUACACAAUUAAGUGAGCUUUAAAGCCGCUGUUUAGUGAGAGAGAGCGAGUGUGUUGAAUUCUGUAUGUCCGAGAUGCGUUUUUAUAGUUUCCGUAUCAUUUUUCAUUGUACAGGUGUUUUGAGUUAACAGUGCACACACGCUCUAGUGCAGGCAUAGGCAUCCUUCGGCACUCCAGCUGUUUUGGACAACACCUCCCAUGAUGCUUUACCAGCAUUAUGGGGGGGGAUGUAGUCCACAACAUCUUGGUUACUGGCACUGUCCCCUAAGUAAGAAUCACCAGGGCGACAGUGGUUCAACCCCCUCAUUAGGUAUCGUUCUAGCAGCACUGUCUACUUCCUCUUUGUUGUUAUCAAUUUCCCCUGACACUCUCAGCCAAUGAAAUCCACCCUAAUGUGGACAGAAUUGAUAUAUCUAAUACAAGAGUGAAACUCCAACUAUUUCCAGUGUUGUCACACUGUAAUGCAUAUGGGACUUAGACUUCCCGUUAAAUGAACAUCAGACUUCAAUUGGCAAGGAAUUAUGAGAGUUGUAGUCCAACAACAGGUAAGAGUGGACUUUAGGCACCACUAAUUUUCCUUUUCCCUUCCGUUGUUUUUUAGGGGAUCUUCGCCCAGGUGAUGACAAAGAAGAAAUCGUCAUUUCCUGGCAGGAAAAACUCUUUAGUCAGGUGACCUCUUCCUAAAAAAUUUCAGUUGUCCUCCAGGGAAAUUUUUAUAUAACUUGUCAAUAUACGUAGGAUGCUAAACAUAUUUUAGGUUAAAAAUUUUUUUCAAAAUGUGAUCCUGCCAUUUAAUAGAUCUUGGGUCAGUAACACAUUGUAAAUUAAAUCAAUGAUAGAACAGUGAUAGUACGUGUUUUUAUGUCUGAGUGCCAAAUCUUCAACAUAAAUCAAGUAACAGAACAUAAAGUGCACCGGACCCAUUUUUUCCCCCUUUACACUCUAACUGUAACCUUUCCCCAACAUCAUUCCCCUUUCCUUAUAUCGGCUAUUUUAUUCCUCACAAGUUACUUCCAAUUUACACAUCAGUGUCCUUUGACCAUUCUUAUGUUUAUUAAAGUAGUUCUGCUUAUUGCACUAUUUCAUGUUGUCACAAUCAUGGGUCUCUCAUGCCCUAGUGAGAUUUUUCAUUAAUAUCUGAUAAUGCACUGGUAAAAUGCAGUAAGUGUGGAUAUAUCAGCAGUAGCAUCAGGAUAACUUAUGAUUAUAUUAUAAGAUAUCAAGCGCAUUAGCAGGACACGUUUAAUUGGCUGUGUAAUACUGAUGACUAGCUUAAAGGCAGACAUUGGCUUAACCCCUUAAGGACAAAUGACGUGUGACAUGUCAUGAUUCCCUUUUAUUCCAGAAGUUUGGUCCUUAAGGGGUUAAAGGCAGACAUCUUAAUGAUGAAGUGGCAUCAAUAUAGAGCGCUAAACAAACUAUAUAAAGACCAGGGGAAAUCCUUCUGCUGAUAUCAGUAGUGACAUUAGCUAGGGAUUGCCUCUGCUUUAGUUUUGGUUUAGUUGUGGGAUAGCUAGAAUUACAUACUGUCAAAGUUUGAUGCUGGUCAGUAUAGUGUCAGGAGUGUCUAUGGGACAUAAAUGUGUCUGUUAUUUUGCCCUAUCAUUUUCCACAAAAACUUGACAAAUAUAUAGGUGUGGUGUAUUGCUGUGCUCAGUUGAUGCAGCAGAAUACAAGUGUGUGAAACUCAUGAUUAAAAUUCAUUAUGUAUGGGAAAUUAUAAACAAAACUGUAAAAAAAAAGUGUUUUAUGUUUUUGUUACGUUUUCUCUCCCUCUCCCCCCAGUUUGAAUAUGAGUUGUAUAAAAACGAUGCCGUCUGCCAUUCCCCUCUUGAUCGACAAUAUCACCAAGAUGUUCUUGCCCUGGAGCGUAGUGGUGGACGGAAAAACAGACGUAUAUUCACAUACACGGACCAUGAUCGAUACACCAACUUAGAGGAGGUAUGUAAUGGUUAAAAGUGGAGCUCAGCCUACUAUCAUGUGCUAUCCCACCUGUCCAUGAGACGUCAUAGCUGCACGCCUUGUAUUUUAUUUUUUACCAGUUUUCUAUUGGUUAUAAUUCUAAACUGUGUGGUGUGAGUGUACCUUUUAGAGUAUGUGUUUCUGGCAUUUUUCCCUCUUGAAGAGCCACCUAACCAUCAAAACGCACGUCAUGGUUCUUAUUGUUUACUUUCUAGUGUUGAUUCAUUUUGUUUGAUUUAUCACUUCAUAUCACUUUGGAAGUUAAUUUCUCUUUACCGUGCCAGCAAUUUGUAGUAUUUUCAUCGUAACUUAAAAUAGAAUUUCUGUAAUACUGAGGGACAGUCUAGCCUUGUGCCAACAAGCUCUGGUUUUAAGCAUUUUCCUUAUUUUCGGUGUUCUCAAAGGCACAUUUAAGGACUGGCAGUGAUUAAUGUAUGCUGGGGAGUUAUUCAUUCUUUCUCUUCUUUGGCUGUUUUUAUGAUUUUAUUAUAUAUUUAUUAUUAAUUUUUCAACCAGUACCCUCUAUACAAGGAAUUUAGGCUUUCACUGUUUCUUUAUAUAAUCUUUGGAAUAGGAAAUUGUAGCAGUUUUUUUUCACAGCAUCUUGCUGUAUCUUCCCUCUGAAGAUGCUUUAUAGGUGUUGGACUGAUCAUACUCUCCUUAUAUUUCGGUUAACUGUUUUAAAUAUGUUUAUUAAAGGCUAAGUUUGAAUUCCUAGUUUUGUGUUUCUGCUCAUCUUUAGUCCCCGUAGUUAGGAACUACCUCCCAUUUCAUAACCGAUCUGUGCUCAUUUUAGCUCCAUUUUCUUUUCUUUUGAAUUAGCCAACAGGCCUUACCAAACUCUGCAUGCCAAGAGUAAUUCAAAUGUUACAGCACAGAGCCCUAAUAUCCUAAUAUGUCAUUCCUAUUGUAGUAAGGACUGUAUAAAGCAUUCACCCACAUGUAAGGAAUUGUUCAAUAUUAUCUACAAAAUAACAAGGGGAGGUGUGGCUGGGGCUGCAUAAACAAAAGUGAUUUGACUCCUAAAUGGCAGAGAAUUGAGCAGUAAUACUUCAGGGGUAUGAUUUAUACACCAAACCGUCUUUAUUACGCUAAAGUUGUUUUGGUGCUUAGAGCCCCUUUAAAGAUUUUAUAACAUAUGUUAGCAUAUGAACUUACUCUAUCUUCUUUUCUUUUGGUGAACCAGACAUUGAUUACUUUUUUUGUUUGUUUUUGUUUUGUUUUUUAGCACUGUCAAUCAGUGACUUCUUCUCAUAACGAGUCUCCAACAUUUUUAGCAGAACGCAUGGCAAACGUACGAAGGAGACGCCAGGAUAAAAGGCAGCUGUAAGAGACUGUGCUGUGUAUAGACUUUCCUCUUAGUGUAGCUCAAAUAUAUUUGACAAGUAACAUCUUUUGGUUAUCUUGCAUUACAGGGAUGGAGUCACAAUGAGGAAUCGUUUGGUGACAUGGAAGCCAUCAGAUGAGUUCAUAAAAAAUAAUCACAUCAUUAAUACUCCAGUUCAGACCAUGUAUAUCAUGGCAGAUCUAGCUCCAAGUGGAAAGUGAGUAAUAUCUUAAGUUGAUGUAGAGCUAUAAGUUCCCCAAAAAACUGUCAAAGGUAUACAUGUGCCUAAUUGCUUUACUUGACAGAUGCAGCAGAAUUGAGAAAUUCCUUGCACUCCAGGCUCCAAAUAUUUUUUUGGGUGCUGUAAGCCAAGGGCUCAAUAUCCAAAUAGUGAUAGGCUAGCACUCACUGUCUUUGGUAUUUAAAAGUUUUCUUACAUUAUUGGUAAAUAAUUAAAACAUGUAGAUCAGCGUUUCAGUCCCCUUCCGGGACUUUCCUUUAGGAUCAUAGAAAACACACAAUUUUGGCAAAAUAAUUAGAAUAAAUGAUCUUACCACCUGGAUCGUGCCCCCUUCACGGCUGUGUGCAGUGCACGUGCGUGAGCGUCAACAGUGUACGUGCCGUGAUGGCCUUCCUAAUGUUGCAAAAUAAAUGCUCUGUUUAGCGGUUUUGAAUUUUGUGACAUAAUUUGCUCUUUGCAAUGUUUUUCCUAUAACUUACAGAAAAUUAUUUAAAUCAUGGUGACAUGAAAAAUUUUAACAUUUUAGACUGACUAUUGAGGGUUUUUGUAUUUUUUUUUUGUGUAGUUUCAUCAGUUGUGUAGAAUUUCUUAUAUUAUAAAUUAUUAUAAGCAAAACUAUAAAGUGUGUUCUCCUUUGGAUACAUAUAUGUUGUCUGACCUGUCCUAAACAAAAAAAGAUUAAUGUCUUCAUGGGGACGCGAGGGAAUACAGACACAAAACAAACACAUAGCAAAACAUGUUGGUGUUUAAUAUUUCAUAUCUUGACCCAGGUAGUUAAUGCAUGUUCUUUCUGUCCAGCCAUGGUUGCAAGGAGAAUGAACAUGUUCUGUGUACUAUCCGUGUUGAUGGUAAUGGUGUCAUUACACUGAAACCUGAUGUCACUGGCUUGAAAGGGCCCUACAGGUAAGCCUAGCUGGUAUAAACCAAUUAUUUUCUGCGUUGUAAACGUUUACAAACUAUACAUUUAAUUAAUGCAUUUCUUUUUCUUAAUUUAAAGGGGUUUUUGCUUUCUAAUGUUUACAUUGAUGCCACUAUAUAAACUUAUUUUUAUAUAGAUAGUUAACUGCUGUCAUUUUGUUUGACGUAUUGGUACAGUACAUUCUAAACUGCCUUCUUGAUACACAUCAGUGCAUUAACCCAUGUGAUGGAUGAUGUAAGAUAAAUCUGAUUACAAAACUAACAAUCCCCUUGUCACCAUAGGUUGGAGGUGGAAGGCCACAAGCGAGAAUUGUGGAAAUACACAUUGCAGCAUGUCUCAGAGUCAGUACACCAAGAAGAACAGGAGCGAGAAAGAAAUAUAUACAAUGAUGUAAGUCAAAGUUUAAAGGAAUACAAAAGCUGUAUUCCUAACACUAUAGUUUCCCUCUGCACACUGUGGUCCCACACUGCUGGCUCUGUCGUCACCUCCAACGUCUGCGCGAGGGGAAACCUACUGCACAUGAUCAUCAAGCACUGCAUGUGCAUUAGGACUUACCCAUAGGAAAGCAUUGAAUCAGUACUCUCCUAUGGGCAUUGGUUAGAUGCUGAACAUCCUCAUGCAAAUCAGAGUUAAGCUCUAUGAAAAGCCAAGAAGCACCUACAGAAGCCACUGGAGGCAGUCUUAACCCUGCAGUGAAAACAUUGCAGUUUCUCUAAAACUGUAAUGUUUUCAGCUGCAUGGUUAAGGGGACAGGGACACUGCAAUUAGACCACUUCAAUGAGAUGACUAAAAUGCCUAUAGUGUGUCUCUAUGGAUUAGAAGUCUUUAGACAUUUAGUAUAAAUGAAUUUUAAGUGGAAGUUACAAAUGCAUCAACUGCAAUGAAUCAUUUGUUAUAUGUCAAUCCGUUCUUCUGAACUCAACCUAUAGCACCCACAGUGCAUGCGCUCUGGUUGCUAUGGUAACUUCCUAACCGGCCCUGCUAGAGUUGAUUAGUAAGCGUAGGAACAGAGCUCUUCCCAAGUAAUUUGUGAAGACCGUGGGAGUAGCUUGGGCGAACUGGAGAUUGGUGUUUCAGAAGCGGCAGGGGAGCAAAGAGUCAGGUAAGUGCCUGGCAGGUUCUCUUUAAAGAUUUUUUUUUUUUUUGUUUGUUUGGGUUUUUUUUUUUUUAAAUAGAUUUUUAUUAGGAAUGUCAGUGAACAAGGGUAAAAAUUUACAAAUAUUAUUAUUCAUCAUGAGAAAUUAAACAAGUUUACAGUAUGGAAAAUUAUAAAUAAUCAACAUAUCCCAAAUACUUAUUUAUUUUAUGCUAAAAAAAUAAUAAAAAGAAAAAUAAAGAGAUCUGGACAGUUGUCAAAAUUCAAAACUCCUCCCCAGUCUUUAGAAACGCUUGAGAGGAGCAGGUACACUAAAGAGUCAUGCUGUAUUUGGUUUUACAAUGUUCAACAGUCCAAAACGUUUAAAAAGACAUAUCCGAGUCUGGAGAAGAGAAAGUAAAACCAGAAGAAAAUGGAAACCUAUGCAUUGCAUUUAAACGUAUGUGCCCACUCCUCCUCCCAGGGAAUAGACAACCCAUCCAGAAAUGCAUCUAGUAAAAGACAAAGUGCUGGUUGGGAUCAAGGGGCUGGUACCAAGACUUCGCAAUAGGGCCAUAAUCCAUGAACGAAAACAUGUCUGGUAAAGGAGAAUACUAGCGGGACUGUAGAACCUAAACCUAACCUCAGAUAAACAGCAACAAGUUGUCGACAUCACAGUGUGUCCCCCUCCCGUCCAACUUCCACCACAGCAGAAUGAGUAUGAAAAGAUGGCUAUUGACUCAAGCCAUGUCUCGCAAAGGGUAACAUCCCGCCACCACCUCUGUGUACUCCGGGGUUGCUCUAACCUUAGAUUGGAAGGAGUUGUCCAAGGUGGGAAUGUAAAAUUUCCAUGUUUGGAAGAAUUUAUUAACUAAGAUUUUGUCUGUUGGUCAAAGUUUAUUUAUUUUUUUAUUUUUUAUUUAUUUGUUAAGAAUAGAGAUAAAUCAUAUGUACACUGGGACACUACAGGCACCCAGACCACUUCAACUCAUUAAAGUGGUCUGGGUGCAAUGUCCCUGUCAGUUUAACCCUGCAAUUGUAAUUAUUGCAGUUAUUGAGAAACUGCAUUGAUUACAUCGCAGGUUAACUCCACCACCACUUGAGGCACUUUCUGGUCGUUAGGCGACUUUUGGUUGCUUAACUGAUGGUGGAUGUCUUCACGCUAUGCAUUAAUUCAAUGCUUUCCUUUGGGGUUGUCCUAAUUCGACCGCAGCACUAGCUGCACAUGCACAUUAGGCCCUGACGAAGCGCAGAGGCUGAGCCUGACCCAGAGUUGAAGGACAUCGGCUCUGGAUUCAGGUAGGUAAACUAAGGGGUUUUACUGUAGGGUACUACAGUAUUCCUAGCCUAUAGUUUCCCUUUGAGUAGUAAGCAGUAGUGUUGUUUUUUUUGUGUGUUUUUAGUUUAAUCCAGGGGGAAAAUGUGUUUAUCCCUGGAAUAAAUGUGAUAAAUUAAAGUUUGAAAGCAAAGAUAAUGACUGUUGUACUUUAUUCCCCAGCUGUACAACCGACACAAGGAGUACCUGAACAAUCUGGUGGGUUCUGAAUUUGAAAUGGUAAGUGAAGCAAAUUUAUAUUCUCUUGUUCAUUUCUGUUUUACUCUAGUUUGUACCGUAAACACUCUCUAGAUUCUUCUUUAUUGAGUGAUGGAAAAGAGCACUAAAAUGCCUCGAAUUAAGGGCAAACUGUCACUUCUUAGGAAUUUACACCAUUGAAAAUAACUUUGAAAAUCACCUCUAACUUGUUUAAUAUGAUGCUCUGUUUCCUUUAGGAUUUAAAGGGACACUACAAUCACCAAAACAACUUUAGCUUACUGACGCAGUUUUGGUGUAUAAACCAUGUCCCUGCAGUCUCACUGCUCAAUUCUCUGCCAUUUAGGAGUUAAAUCACUUUGUUUAUCAACCCUAGUCACACCUCCCUACAUGUGACUUGCACAGCCUUCCUAAACACUUCAUGUAAAGAGUCAUCUAAUGUUUAUCCUUCCCUUUAUUGCAAGUUCUGUUUAAUUUAGAUUUUCUUAUCUCCUGCUAUGUUAAUAGCAUGCUAGACCCUGCAAGAGCCUCCUGUAUGUGAUUAAAGUUCAAUUUACAGAGAAAGAGAUACAAUUGUUUAAGGUAAAUUACAUCUGAUUGAAAGUGAAACCAGUUUUUUUCAUGCAGGCUGUGUUAUUCAGAGCCAGGUGAGGUGUGGCAACGGCUGCAUAAACAGAAACAAAUUGAUUUAACUCAACUAAAUGGCAGUGAUUUGAGCAGUGAAACCUGAGAAGCAUGAUCUAUACACUAAAACUGCUUCAUUAAGCUAAAGUUGUUAAGGUGACUAUAGUGUUCCUUUUACUAAUGAUGACAUAAUUUAGUUCACAAAAGGCAUUCCAGGGGCACAAAAGACAAUUUCCAAAUUGCAAAUGAAGAGGAGCAAUAAUUUCUCAUCUUCUCUAUUUCUGUGUCUGCUGUUGGCCAGAUGCAAAGGACAGAGCUUGACACUGAUUGGCAGUGAAACAAGUUGGAGGCACCCAUUUGUUGGAUAAAGAGGUGUGGAUUUCUACAUUUAACGUUAUAUUUCACACCUUACAAAAACAUUGUUGUUACAUAUAGGGAUAAGUAAAGUUGAUAUUAAAAUAAAACCUUUUCUUUUAAAUGAUGCAAAAGAUCUCUUUUAAAGAAAGUAUAACACUGGGGGACAAAAAGGGGGAAACAAAUGUAAAAAAAUAAAUAAAAAUAUUUGAGGUCUCCACCAGUACAAUUAAAAUUGGGCAGAUUAAAGCUUGUUAAUGCAGGAACAAUACUACAUAGCAUUUUCUUUUAGUUAUUAUUCUGUUCCUUGUGGGGGUGGGAGGUGGGGUGGCAGGUUGGAGUUUUAUGUGCCAGCAGCCAAUCGUCCCUAUUUAUAUAACCUUUGAUACAGGGUACCUUUUUAGAGUUGAACCUUAAAAUAUCUAGGCCUGGUUUAUAGUUAUCUGUUUAUCAGAGUUAUGCUUUCUGCUGAUAGUACCCAACAUAUAGAUCAAUACUGAUAUUUUGUUGAAAUUGGACAAAUAUGUGCUUAACCCUAACAUUUCUGUACAUUAUUAAUUAUAUUCUCUCUUCUCUUGUUCCUAUUUAUAGAAAUUGCAUAGUUUCAUAUAUAUAUAUAUAUCUAUGCAACUUCUAAAAUUGUGUGUGUGUGUCUAUAUUUAGAGUUGUGGUGGGGGAAAAAAGUGUGGAUGAAAACCCCUUCCACCUGAAGUAAGUGGAUAGUUAAUACAUAGCUAAACACAAAUACACACACCAGUCAAGCCAUGAGACUUGCUUUUCCCACAGAAAUCUCACUUUAACAGUGCUCUCACUACUGCCAGGGAUUCUGGGUAGGCGUAUGCAAAUGAGCAUUUGCCUCAUAAUUCCACGUUGUACAUGGAUUCCUUGAAGUAUGUGUCUGCUAUAUACAACAGCUUACUUCAGGUGGAAAGGGUUUUUAUCCACACAUUUUCCACACCACAACUCUUUUGGUUUGUACUUUACAAGUAACCGCAAAGCCUCCAUAGCAAGCCAGUAAGCAGUCUCAUGCUGAUAUGUGUGUGCGUGUGUAUAUGUAUGUAUGUGUGUGUGUAUAUAUGUGUGUGUGUAUGUAUAUAUAUAUAUAUAUAUAUAUAUAUAUAUAUAUAUAUAUAUAUAUAUAUAUAUAUAUAUAUAUAUAUAUAUAUAUAUAUAUAUAUAUUUUAUAGCAUUUAACUAUUUAAAUCUUCUCACAAUAUAGGCUCCUGUCGGUACUCUGCGCCUCUUUAUUAAUGGAGAAAUUGGUGAGUGUAUUCCAAUUUACUAUUCUGUAACCUGUGCUAGCGUUCUUAGAGUAAGUAAGUAAGUACCUACUAUUUAUGUAUUUUCUUUCAACCCAGUCUCUGCGCAGAAAUAUGACUAUGAUAAUCUUUAUAUACACUUCUUUAUGGAGCUGCCCAAAUGUAAGUACUUACUGCAUUUUUCAGUAUUUCUUUAUCUGUAGUCAAGAAAUUUAUUGGUGUUUUUUCCUCUCUUAGCGAUCAGUGAUUUGUAGUGAAUGGAACACUAUUUAGUAUAAUUCAAAACAAAUUGAGCCAUACUGAAAAUAUAGGGGAUUUUCCCAACUCUGCUAUUUUUGGUCAAAUUGCGCUUGUUUUUCAACCUACCCUUUCAAUUUAGAAAAUAAAGCUCUUAAUUCGGUAUGCUUUCUUGUACUCUUAAAAAAAAAAAACAUUACAUCCUGUGCAGACAUUUCUACUACAAUUAGUGCUUGUGUAAUGAUCCUAAAAAUAAUGUAAAAUAAUUUAGCUAGGAAAAUACAUUUUAAAUUUCACAGUUUUCAAAUGAGUCUGAGGUUAUUGAUGGGGUGCCAAAUUCACCUGAUAGUACCCUAACCUGCAGUUACAAUAAGUAAUGGGGAUUUUGCAACUGAAGCAUUAACUACUGAGCCAUCUUGUUAGCCUGCUCAUAUGUUUCAACUAAUUAAGAAGUCCAUUUAUUUUUCUGUCUGUUUAUUUAGUUCUGCCGUCGGCUAUCUAUUUUAUUUUCUUUUACUUUGUAGACUGGUCAAGUCCUGGCUUUCAAGAGCUCUCGGGAGUCACCCACAGCUGCAAAACCAAAACCCAUAAAAGGGUAUGUUGCAACAUGAUCUGAGCCAACUUUGCUGGUUAGCCAGAUAAACUACACUGGACUAUUUGUAUCAUAGAUUCAAGCAGUCUGUGAAAUUAAUAUCUUGUAGUUAAUUUCAGACCUGUAUAUAUUUUUUGAUUUGGAAGUUUAUCCAAUAAGAAGAAUUAACCAAUGGGUAAUGUGUAUACCAAGUCUUAAUAAGGAUUUGACUACUAAACUCUCAGGCUGAAAAUGUGACACCUAGACAGAGCAAGGGUUGUUUAGCGGAACUCCCUGUACCCCGGCUUGGUACCUCUGCCAAGGACCACUUCCUAGCUGGAACAGGGAAAAACCUCAGUGCUUCUUCCCCAGUCGCCGUGGCUUGACUGGCGUCCUCCUGGAGCAUCUCCGUCCUGGAGCAGGAUAGGGGACUAUCUUUAAGCCCUCACAGGGACUGGACGACACACAGUCCUGGGAGCUGUAGUCGUUACAAGGAAUUUCCCCACUGAAUCCUCCAGGAGCUGGAACAAGGUGCUAAGCAGUGAUUAACUUGAUGACACAUAGCUCUGGGAGUACAACUGUUUUAAUGCAUCCAAAUGCAGCCUUUUUAUACACAGACCCCAGCAAGUGGUCUCUGUUGUAUUCAGCUCAAGCCCCUAUCAGGAAUCUCUGGGCCUGGGAGAUAAUUGCAUUAAAGACCAGUAAGCUAAUUAUUUCCCAGGAACAGAGAGGCAAACUUACAACUAUAAAACCUAAAAAUACCCCAAAACAUAAUAAAAAUAUAAAAUAACCCUACAUAUAAUACAUCAUUAAAUAGCCCUGAUUUGAGCGCCCACAUUCUCCAAAUAGCGCUCAGAUCCAUGCAGUGUAGAGGAAACACAACCGUAUUAAAUUUCUGACCGGCUGCACACGUGGUCCUAUGCCCAAAAUAGUUCCAGGGUGCUUUUUGCAAGUCAAUGUUCAGGAGCUCCUGUGGCCCUAAUACAGGGUACUCUGCCUGGCUGUUAGGUAGCGUUUGUUCCCCUUAGUCUCAGACACUUUCCCUCCAAAAAGCGUCGUUCUGGUGAAAAGUGGUUCAAAACCGCGAACCAAAUUGUUGGGGAACCGUACGGUCACCUCAUGCCGAAAACUGUUCCAUAACAUUUGUGACUAAGUCCCGCUGAGGUGACCGGGAACCCACGAAGCCCUCAUGCCAAAUUUAGUUCCAUAGCAGUCGCGGCUAAGUUUUUGGGUUUGGUCCAUGUGAAAGUCCGCCCGAGAGCCAGCGUUCGGUUCCAUUUGCAUGAAGGGAAAGUACCGAACCAUGGGCACCCAGGGAAAGCUGUUAAUGGCGGCUGGGGAGAGUAACUCCCAAAUGGUGUCCCAGACCUAGACCAUAGUCGGUGGACAGGAGACCGACACUCCUCCAGGAGUCCGUGGAAAACGUACGUGAGGAGGAGCGUUGUCACAGGUUGUAAGACUGUUUGCUGUUUUAUUUAAGAUUAACAUACAAAAAGGGCUAUGGUACAAUUUAAUACACUGGAAUACAAUAGUCUGUUUUCUUUAUGUAGGAGAACAUUGCAUACUUCUGUCAUCCCUUCAGUUUUGAAGUAUUCCUUUCUGAGGAGGUGGCAUCUGAGGGUAAGUUGACAGAUACUGAAUCCUUCCUAUCCCACAUGGAGUGCAUUCAGUAAACAGGUAUUUAUUGCUGUUUCAGACAUCCCACAGUGGCCCGUUCUGUACUUUGAGGUUCUGUCACUGGAUUUUUGGCAGAGAUAUCGAGUGGAAGGAUAUGGAUCUGUUGUUUUACCGGACAGACCUGGUACGUAUGACACCAGAAGACAUGCAUUGACCAGGGCUCGAAAUUUCAAUUCUCUACUAGCCAUUGAUGAAUGAAAAUUUAGCCUUGGUGGCUAGAAAUUCACCCCCAUAUGAGUGUACCGCGGACUGUCCAGACUUGGCUUGGUUAAUAGUGUAGGACUGCCCUGCGUUAACCAUAUGAAGUGUGUAGAUAUGCACUGUAUAUUUGGCUUCUUGGAUUGUUCGGUAGUAUUUAACUAAUUUAUGAUUUGAUCAACGUUUAAGUUAUGAUUUGAUACUCCGUAGAAUGUCAUGCUUAUAUAGAUAUAUCAUUUUUUAAGAAUCUUGUGAAAUGGUAACUAAACACGCUUUUAGAUGGAGCAAUGUUCCUUUUUGGUGACCAUCACAGAUAACCUGAAUGUAAUAAUACUUAUUCUGUACUCAGGAAUGCAUACUGUCACUGCUCAUACGUGGCGGCCUGUGGAAUUGGGAACCAUUUCAGAGCUCCGAAGGUUUUUCAUAGGCGGAUCUCCAGAACUGGAGGACAUGUCCUAUACCAGAAUCCCAGGAACCUUUCAGGUGAAGCACGUUUUCUUCCUCUCUACAUCGAAGAGCAAAUGUGUGUAGAGGACGGGAUAUUUUGUAUAACUCUUUCUUUAUGUAAAUAGUCAAAGACCACAUGCUGAAUGUGAAGUGAUGAGUUGGCCAGUUCACAACAUUUUAAAUAGCCAUUUUAAUUUGAACAGCCACAUUUUUAAGCUGGAACCAGUUCUAUGUUUUCAACCUGGGAGAUGGGUAUUCAUGUCUGUAAUCUUUAGUCAGCAGAUCUGGUUUUCCGUACAGUCUUCCCCACUGUCUUAGGCUAAGCAAAUUGUAACCUUGGGGUAGUGCACACUGUUCUUGCAGAUGUGAUACAUGGUAUUUAAUUUUCAUGUUUCACAAAUAACACCACUGUAUCCCAAUUUAGCAGUAAUAUCAUCACUUGGUUCUCAUAUGUGUAUGACUGAACGCUAACCUUAGAUCCUGCAAUUCCUAUGGAUUAUAUUGCCGUUUAUUCUCGGCCAACAAUUCACCUCAUCGUUGGAAACCUAGUCUUUUACAGCCACCGCAUCAAAGACUAAACCAGCAGCUAGUGAACUACCUACCACUAACUACUAGUGUACCAGCAGCUGAGCUACCAAGUGCAUUAAUGGAUACAUUACUAUCCUCCCUUGCUAUUAGACAUUUUAAACCUAUCUGACAGUGUGUGCAUUCAAAUAUUUGCAGAGGGAAUCUGUGAUGUAGUUUAUUAAGGCUCAGUGCUGUUUUCUGUCCACAGGGCAAUCGCCUCAGUCGAUUUGGCUUCAGGACAGAGACAACCGGAGAAGUAACAUUCAGAUUCAAUUGUAUACACCAAUCGCGGUAUGAGUAAAUCUGUUUCUUUAAACUCUGCAGUAUGUUAAAAAAUUAUUUUUCUAUACGUUAUUGGUUUUAUUGAAAUACGUUUAGUAGCCUGCCGAUGAAUUACUCCUGAGAUUAGCUACUAUACUACACCUUCAUCAUGAUGAGAGUUGUUGUUUAGUAACAACUGAAGAUCACUUUAUGCAAAAUUAUUGAUUUUGUUUUUUAUAAUUUUUUUUUAUUUUUUAUAAAUGGCUUGCAUUUUGCAAAACUGGCAUCCCAGAGCAGCUCGUUUUGUAGGUACUAAAUUCAUGGCUUACAAAAUUUAAUAUUUCAUUCCGACUGCUACUUUUUAACGGCCUUGCUUUUUAAUGGGGUGAAAUGUACUGCUCAUUCUAAGAGGCACCAUAGCAACUACAUAGUCCUUAAUUUUUUAUAUUGUCAAACUGUUUUGAAGUACUUUGACAAAAGUCAGUGUUUUCCUCUGCAUUUCUACCCUGCUGCUCCCUCUUCAGUCACAAUGAUACUGUUCAAGCUACACUUCUGCAUUAUAAAGUGUUAAUCUGUCCAACCUGAGAACUCAACAAUGCUCACUUAUAUUUUUAGCCUUGCCAUAUUUGGUCCUGCAUUGCAUAGUUCGUGGGGUUUUUUUUUUUUUUUUUUGAACCCUGUUUAGUUGAAAAACAUGCAUUGUAUUAGAAUGCUAAAGCUAAUAUUUGUCACUUCAAAUUUGGUGAAUUACAUAUCCCAUGAUGCUCCGCUGAUUGAGCCUCAUGGAACCACCACAGUUCACCCUAACUGGAGUGUUAAUGGUCAUAGCACUGUAUAUGUGUAAUUUCAAACCACUUCAUUUUAACCUCCCUUCCCCACACACCUCUGUAUACUGUGUAUUCAUUAGUAGGAUACACUUUUUUUCUUUGAUUCUCUGAGCAGUGACUUAUCUUCAUUAAAGUAUGUGUUGCUUUGCAGAUCUUUCCUUGACAAUAGCUCUCUGAGGAAAAGGAUGCAGAGCGUGUUGGAUCGUCUAGGAGGCACCAGCCAGCAAAGCUCCAUUCACAAUGUCCUUGGUACGUGUUCCACAUCAGUGGAUUUGAAAACUUUCUUUUUAUAGCACAGGCCCACCUGGUGGUAAACUGUUGGAUUGCAGAAUAAAUUCUGCUAACACAAAUUGUUGACCAUCCAAUCCAAUGUAGAAAUCUAGGUUCGUGGAUCCAUACUGACCCUAUUGUUCUCAGAGCAUAGCUGCCUGGCAACGGCUAGGAUUAGACAUUCAUUUAAACAGGAUCUUAGGUUGUGAAGUGCUUUAUAAAACUAAUCUUUAUAAAAUGCCUACUUUGUACAGUUCCAAUAACAAGUUCUAGAAUGUAAUCUCAGUUGCUAACUUUAGGGCUGCUGUGUUCUAGACUACCUGACCUUUCUCCAUGAGCUUCAAGAGGAAGCAUGUAUAAAGGGCAUUGCUGUAGCCCGAACAUAUUGAGAUAAUGGUGUAUCAGGGAUUGCCAGUCAGGUGGUACCAAAACUGGGAUAUUUUAUAAAGCAGCCUUCCCCAAACUCCGGCCCUCCAGAUGUUGCUGAACUACAACUCCCAUGAUUCUCAGCCUAUCUAUUUAAUACAUAGAAUCAUGGGAGUUGUAGUUCAGCAACACCUGGAGGGCAGGAGUUUGGUGAAGCCUGGUAACCUUUCCUAAGUGGCCUUAAAUUAGAGGGACAAAGGUUUAAAAAUAAUAUCAGGAAGUAUUACUUUACUGAGAGGGUAGUGGAUGCAUGGAAUAGCCUUCUAGCUGAAGUGGUAGAGGUUAACACAGUAAAGGAGUUUAAGCAUGCGUGGGAUAGGCAUAAGGCUAUCCUAACUAUAAGAUAAGACUAGGGACUAAAGAAAGUAUUUAGAAAAUUGGGCAGACUAGAUGGGCCGAAUGGUUCUUAUCUGCCGUCACAUUCUAUGUUUCUAUAUUGAGUAAAUCUGCUUCUAAACACACAGUAUAUCAUGUGUCUGCAAUAUUUCAUGAAUCUAGACAGGUCAUGAGGGUUAGUUAUCAAAGGACCACUAAAGUCACGCAGACCACUUCAUCUCAAUGUAAAAACAGUGUUUACCAUGCAGGGUUAAGAAAGCCUCUAGAGCAAGCAUAGGCAACCUUCGGCACUCCAGAUGUUUUGGACUAAACCUCCCAUGAUGCUUUGCCAGCAUUAUGGGUGUAAGAGCAUUAUGGAGGAUGUAGUCCACAACAUCUGGAGUGCCGAAGGUUGCCUACCCCUACUAGAAGCUGUCUUCCUUACAGCCUCUUGAGAUGUUUCCAUCUCUGAGAAACAACUGACGAGAAUCUUAUGCAUGCAGGGAGUUUUGUCACAAAAGAGAGAACCUCCGUAAUGCCUAGCCGCAAUUUUGUGGGUGAAAAUCCUUAUUAAAAAAGGUCAAAAGAAAAGUGCAAGGCUUAUUAAAGCUUACAUGUCACCUUCCGGAAUAACCUUUAAGAUUGUUAUUUUCGGAGAGAUACCUCUGAAUGCAAAUAGAACAAACCCCCACAUAGGAAGUUUGUCUCGCCCAGGAAAUACAAAUAUCAAAACAGAAUCCAACAUGCAUUUUAUUCAUUUAACUGAAUGUUUCAGAGAAUAGGUUAAAAUAGCAAAGACACAAAAUAGGUAAGUUGGUAUUUUAUUCAUUAUUUUGGACAGAAAUAGGAAGUUCUGUCAGUCCUCCACAAUCCCCAAUACAGUGACUAAACAAAUGUGUAUGUCAUGUGAAAAGUGCACCCAAACAUUACCCUGUCUAGACACCAUAAGGUAGGACACACAUGUGAAAUGUGAAAACAGAGUUAAUUGUAGAACAGUGACCCCUAGCGAGGUUAUGUGGUUUAGCAUGUAAGUGUAGAUCAGAGAAAUGAAAGAACCGUGGAUAGAAGACAUAAACAAAUUUAACGUAAGCGUAGGAUCAGUUUAUUUGAACACAUUAAAGAUGGGAAAACAGAGGAGAGUUCCUCAGUGCCGAAGGAGCCCGGCGCUGGAGAAAGGUAAGUGGCUUAGGUGAGGGUGGGUGGGGGCCCUAAUGACCCUAUAGUGCCAUUGAGGCAUGAAAUGUUGCUGUUCCCCUUUGGUGAGUCCCAGUCUAAAUUUGUUUUUGUUUUUUUCAAUUUGACAAUUUUUAUUAGAUUUUUGAGGGGUAUAGAAAAGAAAGAGGGAUUAUUAAAGUGAAAAUAAAAUUCUUUAAUGACAUUUCUAAAUUCCGUGUAUAACUUAUUAUACACCGUGUAGGAGAUCAACACAUGAAGUCAAGAUGCUGUUUUGGUUAGCAUUGUAAGUUUCAGUUGGCUGCGUUACUAGUGGUCAGAUAUUCUGAGGUGACAAUUGCUUUGUAGUGUCGUUUAGUGCAAUGGUUAACAUCCUGUUUUGCAGAGGAGAAUGUACUGGUUUAGUACAAUUUUUGGUCUAAUGUCUGGACUAGCUGUGUCUGUUGGUUCGGAGGCAUCUGGCCAAGCGCGGCCAAAAACAUCAAUAGUAUCUCCUCUCUACGACGCUUGCACUUGUUUGAGCUUACCUCACUGGGACUAGGUACCAGUGGUACUGGUUCCAUAUGAGUGCUUGUGUGCGCCAUGAAAGCUUCCCUCCGUUGCUUAGUAGGGAAUUCCUUAUGUAAGUCUUACUGCCAGGCUUUCAAAGCUUUUCCUGUGUGAGCCUUCCUGAGAGUUAAGUAUCUCAUAGAUGGAAGAGAUUACUUUUUGGCUGGGAGAGCACAAAAAAAGCACAUUUUGUCACAUUUUUUUAAGGUAGGUGGUUUAAAUGUCUUCGUAGUCUAUUGCAGGUGAGAUUUGAGUUGAAGUUAGGAGAAGAUAGCCCUAUGAGAUAUUCCAGUUUGGAGUUGUAACUCUGGAAAUGGUUUCAAUUGUGUACCGUUGUACAAGUGGUAAGCAUGUGUGCAGCUUUGAUUGUGCCAUGUCUUGUACAUGGCUGUACAGUGGUGUGGCUAAGGAAUACGGGUCCCUGGUGCUUAAUGUGUGUCAUGCUGCAUCCCACGUGGGGAGGAGCAGGGUGGAAGUGUCAAGUAUUAGCUGUGUCUUGGGGCAAGCAUGCUAUGGUGACCAGAAUAGGUACUUCAAACCAGAUUUAUGUGCCCAGUAUGACUCUAUUUCGACCCAGUAAGGGUUUGCUACAGUAUUGUGUCCAGUCAUGAGGUAGGACGGCAAGGUAGCUUUGUAGUAGAGUUUCACGUUGGGUAACCCCGUAAGCAACAGGGUUUUGUUGAAUGCUAGUGGCCAUCCUAAUUUUCUUGUCUGCCCAUAUGAAUCUGACUAUGGCUGUUUGUAAGCUGUGCAAGAAGUUUUUGGGAAGGGGUAUUUGCAGUGAUCUUAGUAGUGAUUGGUACUUGGGUAGUACGCCAAUCUACCGUGCCAAGACAAGAAGCCUCCCUCCCACAACUGGAAUGUUUCUUGAAAUUCCUGUAUUAGUUGUUCGUAAUUAUGUUUGAAUAAGGUUUGUGCUGCUUUGGUGAUCCAUAUACCUAAGAAUGUUAAAAAGUCGUCUCUCUAGUCAAAGGAGAAAGCCCCCCUCAAAGUAACGACAGUUGGAUCCCAGUCUAAAUUGUAAUACUAAACAAAGAAGUAAAGGUCAUUUUUUUACAAUUUUCUAUUACGCUGCUGGUUGUGGGUUAUUUUUCCUUCUGAUCGGUCUGUCCAUUGGGCAUAGCAGAAAUGCUAAAAGAGAAGCUGCCCAUAAUCUGUCAUUUAAAUUCAGGUCACACACUGCAACUGACCACUCUGGCCCCUUGACACUGAAGCAUAUGAGUAAUGGCUUGAUAUAAGUGCAUAUCGUGAGUGUACAUGAUGUUUGCACAUAUGUGGAGAUUAACUUAUUUUGUCUACUGCCUUUCUAUAGAGAGGACUAAUUUAUAUUCUAUUUCUUGUCCAUUUUCGGUUUUGUCUGAGUUAAAAGGAUGGUGAGUAAUUCUAGUCUGCGUAUACAUACCAAAUGGUUACAAUACAAGGUUUUAUUGCCACUUUACUUAAAAAAAACAAAAAAAAAAACAACCCUAAGAAAUAACAUAUUACCAUAUUACCAACACUAAGACAAUAAAAGGCUUAACGCAGGGGUUCCCAAAAGGUAGAUCCCCAGAUGUUGUAGAACUACAACUCCCAUGAUGCUUUGCAUACCUUUUAGAUUGGAUGCUGUAGUUUUAAAACAUCUGGGGAUCUACCUUUCGGACACCCCUGGUUAAAAGGAACCACUGCUUCUGGAGACAACCGUAGAACAGGUGGCUGAAUUCUAAUAGGAUCCUUUGUCUCUGUCCAAAGUAUUUGUGUAUAAUGUAUACUUCAUUCAAGUUCAACAUAGAGUAGUGACACCUAGUGGCCAUUUUAUUAUAGUAAAGUGCAGUAUACUAUGUGGUUGCAUGUCAGGGAUAGUCACUGUUUAUGCUGCAGUGGAUAUUCAAAGUGAGUAAGUACUACUGACCUCUUGUGGCCAUUGAUUAUACCAACUGUAAUGUUGUUUACAGAAUGGUUGAACACAAUGUGUGUCAUACUCUAUGGUUUUAGGAGUAUAUUGACCCGGCUUUUCAAUAUGUAUUUGUUAUUUGAAAACCUAAAUUAAUGAAAUCUGAAUUUUAUGAUGUGUUUUUGGUCUAUUAAUUGUAUUUAGGAGUUAUUUUAAGCCAUAGGUAAUAGAUGUAAUAUCAUGAGAACCUUUUGUAACAAACCCCUUGUACUUCAUAUAGUACUUUCUUUCACUCACUCCCAAACUGCUAGAGGCUUGAGUGAUUAUAGCCUGUUUGCAUAGUACGCUAGUUCGUAUUCUCCUGAAACCCAAGCAGGUCAUUGGGGAAAAUCCAGCCCUUCAUCGUUCGCAUACCCAAACAUCAGUAGUGACUUGAUGAAGGGUACAACUGGAAUGUUUUAUUAUGGCCAGAUGGCCCCCUUUUUUACACCGACCCUCAGCAUUGGGUCUCCAGCAAAAACAUAGUAAAACACGAUCAGGCGUCUCUGUGUCUGGGAGAUAAUUGAGUGUACUUUGCUUAAACUAUCUCCCAGGCACUAGAGGUAGAAAAUAUAAAACCUAAAAGACCCUAAAACAUUUAUAAUAUUACCAGGGAACCCCAGGAGUCCUAUAUCCUCAGAUAGCCUGGAUCUGAGUGCUUAAAGUGUCCAAAUAGCGCUCAGAUCCCACUAAUACAGCCGAAUCGCUACCGGGGUAAAGUUUUGACCGACCGCACACAUGGAGUCUGCCCAAAAUAGUUCCAUGAGAAAAGUGGUAGCUGUCGGUCACUUUUGGUAGUCCCAAAAUAUCGAACGGUUUCCCUGGCUCGUGCAUACCUUUUCACCGAACGGCGCUCUCCUGGCUUUUCAAGAAUAGAAACAGGCAUUGGUACAAAGUUACCAGUGUUCGCAGGUUAGAGUGUCCGGCUUAGAGUUCCAGAGACUCAACGACCAAGUCCUGCUGUCGGAAGACAAGAUGGCCGUUUUCCAGUGCACGUGUUGUUCGGUUAUAGGAACGGCGGCCGCCCAGUGAGAGCACUUACUCUUGUGGUUACUUUGAAGUUAAAUGAGCCAGGGAGUGGUCGGUAUUUGGUAGAGUAAACUACCGAAUGCAUUAAAAAAAAAGGGGGGGGGGACCAGGGAAAUUACAUGACUAGGACAUUCUGACUCCUUCAAUGAUGAAACUGGCCAGUUCUCACAACUCAAGAAAGCAACCUGCACCGAGAGCUUAGUCACUCUAUAGGUGCUGCAAGGAAGGAUGAUCAGAGAAAAUGUAAUCAGUAGCCCCCCGAAAGACUUUCAGGCCCCUGGCCUACAUAAAUAGUAUGUAGUCUGUGAUUGUUUUGGACUCAAAAUGUGUAAGGUUUGUGGUUGUGGAGAUGAAUUGCAAUUGGUUUUUUUUGCAACACAUUGAAACUAAUUUCAUUGGUUGUGUUUUAGCAUUAGAUAUUUGAUUUUCCUGGGGAAUGCAGGGCUGUAGAAGAUUUCUAUGCAUUUUAUUUUAAUAAACUUCAAAAAAAUGUUCAGUGCCUGUGGAAUGUUAAGUGCACAUUUCAACCAAUGAAUUUCUGGAGCAUAAUUUAGGUUUAUGUGUGACAAACGUGCCAGUUUCAUCGCCAGGGUUCCUUUUAACCAGGGGUGUCCGAAAGGUAGAUCCCCAGAUGUUUUAAAACGACAGCAUCCAAUCUCCCCAACCGCCAUUAGUAGCUUGCCCUGGGUGCACCUGGUUCGGCACUUUCCCUUCAUGCAGAUGGAACCGAAAGCUGGCGGCCGUUCGCAUGAACCAAACCCACGAAUUGUCCUCAGAGGUACUUAGCCGUGAUUGUUAUGGAACCAAAUUCGGCAUGAGGACUUCGUGGGUUCCCGGUCACCUCAGCGGGAUUUAACCGCAAAUGUUGUGUAUAAGCAGCAUUUAAUGCUAGUAUUUUUAUUUUGUUUAUGUUCUAUUUGAUCCUAUGAUUGUAAACGUUGAUAACGAGAUCCACCUGUCCAAUGCAAUAUUUAAAUAUACUCUUUAAGAUUUAUUAACACAGUAUUUUAUUUAUUCUUCAGAUGCCUUUCAGAGAGCUCGACGAAGAAUGCAGCAGGCCAGAGAAAGCCUUCCUCAGGACAUUCUGAACACCUCCCAGGCAUCAUUGCAGCAGUCGCAAGCAUGAUUAUAUCUUGAUAGAGACUACAUAUUGAGGGGAAUGUGGAGCUGCUUCAAAGAAUCUCUUGGGCUGCAGAACUUGACCGAACUGACUAACAUUUAAUUCUGUUUGUGAUCGAGUGGCUGUAAUGCGUGCAGUGUAUUUCCUAAUUAUAAUCCCAAAGUCAUGCAUAAAGGUUCAACUUUUCUGCAUUUCUCAAGUCAUCUUAUUGUGGACACCUAAGUUGAAGAAGCCUCAUAUUCAGUGUCUUCCAGCCCAUCUGCUAAUUUGCAAAUCUUUCCAUGGUGGUACCUCUGGAGUCCAAUGUGAGAUCUUUGUAUUCUGCCACAUAGUAGUAUAAGAUAAGUCAUCCACAGUGCCCAGGUUCACUACUAUGCCUUGUCCAGUGUAGGAAAGGGGGAAGAUAAUCUUUAUCCAUUCUAGACCACUGUGAGGGUGCUAUUUGCCUGAGUCAUAGCAUCUACUUACCUUUCAUUUUCGUUUCCAUGCCCUCAUGCUGUAAGUAUGUAAUUAAGUCAGCUGUAACAGUUCUUACUGAGUGGAGUCAAAUCUUUUACUUGUUCAUAUCCCAAUGCCAGGUUGUAGCUUCAUGAUUAGAUGUGUAUCUUUUUAAAUGAAUACAUACUGAUGGAAUAUGUAUGGCCGCAUAAUAAACCUAUUUAAUAAAAAAUCAAAAAAA